AUGGGUCCUAUUCUAUUUUUCCUUUUCAUAUUCUUAUUAUUUCAUUAUUUGAAUCUCAGCACUUGUCUUUCCAGUCGAUUCUAUGCUGUGGUUGUCAUUGCCAUCUUGGAGACAGAUCCUGAAGUUGUCCUAGAACGAGCAAAAUCCGCAAUGCAGCGUUAUGGAACUCACGUGGUUAUCGCAAAUCUCCUAGAUACACGAAAACACGAAGCUUGGAUCAUUCACAAUCUCAGUAAAGUUAGCGGAGAGGACUUCCAGCAUAUUGCAUUAACUUCGCCACAAUCUAUAUCCCAAUUUUCGAAUCCACCAACAGAAAUUGAAGAAGUACUUAUUCAGAGAGUGUCUGAUCUGCAUUCCUACUUCUUGGAACACAGGAAAUAG